CGUAGUCAUGGCUGUCAUGCGCCAUAUACGAAUAAGCUCAUAACAUUCUUGAACUGAGCUUAGCAGUGUACAACAGCGGAACACGACAGCAGUGUCGUGCCAAAACCAACCAACAAUCAAAUUACCAAAAGGAAAUAUCUCCAGGACAAUUGAGAAGGCUCGAAUCUAUCAUGACCGUAACGAUUGAUGAAGUGUUCAAAAAGAUCGGCGAAUUUCGCCGGUAUCAAUGGUACAUCAUCACUUUGAUUGGAUAUUGUACCUUUGCUGCUACCGCUAUUAAUGGUUCGAUAGUGGCGUUUAUUGCAGCCGAACCUGAUUGGAAAUGUGUUGAGGGUUACAUGAACAACACGGUGUGUAGAUUUAACACAUCCAUAACAUUAACUAGCAAAGAUUACAAAGCCAGGUGUAAAAUGCCGAGGGAAGCGUGGACGUUUGUAGACGAUUUUACAUCCAUCGUUACCGAGUAUGACCUGGUAUGCGAUGAUUCAAUUCUUUUGUCAUUUGCUCAGUCAGCCUCAUGGGUUGGAAUGCUGAUUGGUCUACCGAUUGGUGGGCUCUUGUCUGAUAAAUUUGGAAGACGAAAACUGGUUUUCGCGGGAUUUCUGGCCAAUGUCGUUGCAGCCAUUGUUGUGGUCUACCCCAAACAUUUCCUGGUCUUUAUAUUUUGUCGACUAUUGUUUGGAUUUGGUUACGGUUUUCAAAAUUGCUCUUCGUAUCCGUUAAUGAUGGAAUAUACGACGGCGAAAUAUCGCUCAUGGCUUAGCUUUGUUCUCUUCACGUUUUUCACGCUUGGUGUCGCAACGUUACCCCUGAUUGCAUUCUUCGCCCGGGAAUGGAGAACGUUCGCACUAAUAACUGCUGCGUGUGCUGCACCUGUCUUGGUGAUAAUCUGGUUCAUACCAGAAUCACCGCGAUGGUUGUUGUUAAGCGAUAGCGAAGACAAAGCAAGAAAGCAACUUUUGAAGGUCGCCAAUAUGAACAAAAGGACUUUACCCGACGAUGCCCUUGAAAAACCCAUCAAUUUACAACGAGCUAGCUUUAGGCAACUGUUCUCGUCAUGGAAAGUGGCGAAAAUUACUUUAAUUUGCUGGAAUCUGUGGUUUACUGUUGCUCAUGUGUACUACGGUGUGUCUUGGGGUUCAGUUGAUCUUGGUGGGAAUAGGUACCUGAAUUUUUUCCUGCUCAUGGCUGUGGGUUUGCCGGCAAAUUUUCUUGUUAUUUGGACUGUUGACAGAUUUGGUCGUAAACUAUGUACUAUUUCUAGUCUGGUAACGACAAUGGUGGCGUCCGCGAUUUCGGCUUCAAUUCCAGCGGAUCCGACUCCUGCUAAUGUUGGUAUUCGUGUUACGGCGGCUAUCAUAGCUAAAUUUUCCAUUGGUUUCUGCUUCGUUAUCUGUUAUUUAUGGACAUCAGAACUUUACCCGACAGUGAUUAGAUCAACUGGAAUGUCUACAUCCUCAGCUGUGGCAAGAAUUGGUUCAUUUGCUUCCAGUUACGUCAUUUGGCUUAUUCGUGUGCAUUCUGCACUGCCGUACAGUAUAUUCGCUGUAAUAUGCCUUCAGGCAGCAGUAUUUGCAUUAUUCCUACCAGAAAGCAAAGGAAAAGCGACUAUGGAGACAAUGAGAGAUUUAAAGGCAACGGGGAAAGAAAAGGAAAUCGAUUUGUUGGUACCAACCGGAAACGAGAAAAGUAACUGCGUUGAAAAAGAAGUGACGAGAAACUAAAUAUUGACUACGAUUUUACGAUUUAAAUCAAAUUAACCAAUUAGUAGUGCUUAGUUGUAUUUUGUAUUUACCGAUUGCAUAAAGAGGAAUUAAGGUUUGGGCCAGAUGCUCAGGAGCGUUUCAUGUCAAGGA